CAUCCCGGUCCCAUCCCGGCUCCAUCCCGGUGUUCCCGGGAGCCCAACGGGAGCCGUCGCAAGAAGCCCGAUUGGAUCCAUCCGGUUGCUCCCAGAGAUCCCGAAGCGAUCGCUCCCGAAGGACCCAUCCCGAACCACUUGGCUCCAUCCCGGUCCCAUCCCGGCUCCAUCCAUCCCUGUGCAUCCCCAUGCACCCACUGCUGCUCAGCGCCCUGCUUCUCAUCGCAGGACCAUUGGGAUCCCCCUUCGAGCUGCAGCUGGAGCCGGCGCAGCUGCUGGUGGAACACGGGGGCUCCCUCCGCCUGCGCCUCAAAUCCAACUGCACCGAUCCCAAAGGAUCCGGGAAUGUGGAGACUUCCCUACGGAAGCGGCUGCUGCCGGCGCCGCCGGGAGAGAGCCUGGUGGAGCUGCUCAAUGUCACCGAAUGGAAUUCCAGCCUCUGGGCAUACUACAGCUGCGGGGGCAAGCGGAAGGUGCUGCCCAUCAAGCUCCUUGUCUACAGACCGCUGGAUCCUCCGGUGCUGUCUCCGCUGCGGGUGCUGGCAGUUGGGCAGCUCCUGGAGCUGUCGUGCUCGGUGCCGGCGGCGGCUCCAUUGCGGCGGCUGCGGCUGCGGCUGCGCCUGGCGGGGGCCGUGGUGCUGAGCGCCAGCUUCACGGACCGCGAGCAGGAUGAACCCGGCCUGGCGCGGGUCACGCACAGGCUGCGGCUGAGCCGUGACCACCAUGGAGCUGCCGUCACCUGCGAGGCUGAGCUGGACCUGGCGCCUGAGGGACCCACGCUCAGGACCGUGGCUGAGCCACAGCACAUCCAGGUCUACGACUUCCCCUCGGACCCCGAGCUCCCCCGUCACGUGUUCCUGGAGCCGGGGCAGAGCCUCCCCGUCACGUGUCGCGUCGGUGACGUGUUUCCGGCGCCGCGCUUCCGCCUGGCGCUGGCCAACCAGAGCCUCGCGGUGUCGCUGAGCGCGGACGGGCGCGCGGCGAGGGCGGAGCUAAGGCCGGAAGGGGCGGGGCAACAGGCGCUGGUUUGUGACGUCAGCGUCGGGCCCCGCGAGCGGCGCAGCGAGGCGACGGUGCACGUGUUCUGGUUCCCAUCCCCGCAGCUGGAGGUGCCCAUCACCAUUGGGGCCGGCACAGAGGUGGGGGGGAACUGCUCCCUCCCCCCCGGCCACUUCCCACAGCUCCGGCUCCGGCUCCGCUCCGGAGGCCGCAUCCUGACGGGAUGGGCUCCGGCGCCGCUGCUGCGCUUCCCGGUGCCGGCGCGGGAGGAGGAUGAUGGGAUGGAGCUGAGCUGUGAGGCUGAGCUGCCUGGCUCCGGCUGGGAGCCCCGGAGCAGCGGCACCGUGCUCCUCAAUGUGACCGCCCCCCCCCGCCUGGAUGACGUCAGCUGCCCCCCGCAGCAGAACUGGACGGAGGGUCAGGAUGAGUCCCUGCGGUGCUGGGCCCGGGGCCGGCCCCGCCCCCUGCUGCGCUGCAGCCGCAAGGGGGAGCCCUUCCCGGCCCAGGUGCGCAUGCGCGCGACCCGCGGCCACGCGGGCACCUACAGCUGCAGCGCCACCAACCGGCUGGGGACGGCGGUGCGGGACGUGCGCGUGCGCGUCAGCUACCAAGACCCUGACCUGGUGCUAUUGGUGCUGGUGCCGGUGCUGGUGGUGACCGCGCUGCUCACCGCGGGCUUGGCCUAUGGCGCCUAUUACCGCAAGAAGAAGAUCGGGGAGUACCGACUGCGGCAGCGGCAGCAGCGCCUGCGGAUGGAGCCGGUAUCGGCACCGGCACCACCGGGAUGCUCCCAGGAGGCAGCGCCAGAGCUCAACGGCUCCGCACGGGAAGCGCGGCCGUAACCGGCACCGGGCACCGGCAAAGGGCAUGAGCGCGGUGACGGCGGCGGCACCGGGGCCUGGCGGUGCCGCACCCGGUGAUGGCAAUGGGGCCAUGGAGGAGGCACCGUCGUGGGGAUGCUCCUUGGAUCCUGGAGCUGGAUCCAUAGGGAGAAGCGAAGGCGGCUUCGGGAUGGCCGCGGUGACAGCGCGGGGUUGGCACAUGCUUGGGGCUGGAUCCCGUAUGGAUCCCACAUGGAUCCCGCAUGGAUC